AGAUCCCCUGGUAACAGAGCACAAAUUAUUCUGCAUUAAUUCCACGGAGUCGAUCAUGACUGCAAGAGUUAAAUCUGCAGAUUUAAUCUGCUGGCAAAAACGAGCAUUCGAAAGGCACCGAAAUCGAGUGAAGACAGCUGCUCCCACGGUGGACAUGAGUCCCCCCUGUACUCGUCCUCAUGUCCUGCGAGAUGCAAAAAGACUGCAAUUGGAACGAGAGCGACAGGCUGAAAUCAUGCGGAAUAAUUUUAUACUCUUGAGAAAUCUGGAGGAUAUAAUGCACGGACGGAGAAGAAAAAGGAGCUAUCGAUUGGACGAGAAGACAGCCGCUUGCAUAAAGACUCGUUAAAUUUAUUGAUUCACCAUUUUUUGUACAUUUACACUCGUGUAUUCCAUGAAUUAGAAACUUCGAAGUCUACAUCAAUUUCAUUAUGACGAUGUCCCUUUUCUUCUGCGUAUAUUUAUAUUAUCGCUUUUAGAGGAUGAAUGAAUAAAUUAAUGAAAAAAC